UCUUCUUCUUCUUCAGACCCGCUAGCUCCUUACCGGAAGCACUUGAAGCGUUGAUUUUUUCACAGAACGUCUCCGAAUUUGCCGGAGGUGUGCACGCAUAUCAAGCGAUCGUUUGUUUCUUGCCGCAAGUCACUACGGUAGAUCGUUGAGCUCUUCCUCGGUAGUCACUGAACAACGCCAUUUGCUGCUAACUCAGCAUCAGUGAGCCGCAUGCGCAGAGGAGGGCGUUUCCAAUGCAGUGCGCGCGCAUUUUGUCUCGUAAACCUGGUCCACGAACGAGACUAAGCCAGGACUGGAUGCCUGCAGAGAAAACUACUCUCACCCUCCAGUGCCUUCUGAAGGGGAAGAGAGGCCAGACCGAGAUACCUCCUGUUUAUGAGGACAUUCCCUUGGAGAAGACACCUCAUUCAACUGAACGUCAAUGAAGCUGAUGGACCUAUCACAAGAUAAAUCUCAUGAAAAAA